AUGAAGACAGCAUGGAAAUGCACUACUAUUACAUUGAUCCCUAAGAUUUUAGCAUCAACUCAGGUGAAAGAUUAUAGGCCAAUAGCAUAUUGCACUACAUUGUAUAAGAUUGUUGCUAAGAUACUGACCAACAGACUCAAGAAAGUGAUAGAGGUUAUUAUUGGGAAAGCACAAUCAAUAUUCAUUGAAGGAAGAAACAUUAUUGAGAACAUCCAAUUUUGCCAUGAACCAUUUAAAGGCUAUAAUAGAAAAGUGUCUUAUUCAUUGGUUUUCGAUGGAGGCCUUACCAAACCAUUCCAGGCUAAGAGAGGAAUCAGGAAAGGAGACCUAAUGUCACCAUAUAUCUUUGUAAUUGCAAUGGAGUACCUGCAAAUGGAGAUGAACCAGUUGCCCACGAUCAAAGAAUUCAAGUACCACCCACGAUGCAAAAGGCUAGUAGUGACACAUAUCUAUUUUGCUAACGACUUACCCAUGUUCUGCAAUGCAGAUAUUAAUUCACUUACCAUAAUGAAGGAAACCAUUCAAAGCUUUUCUGGUGCAUCUGUUCUACAGGUGAAUGCAGAAAAAAGUUCUAUUUACAUUGCUGGUGUUCACAAGGAUCUUAAAGACACAUUGAUAAGCUUGCUAGGAUAUGCAGAGGGAGCCCUGCCAUUCAAAUACUUGGGAGUUCCCUUGUUUGGCAAGAAGCUAAACAUAUAG